AUGGCCCAACCGAGAGGAGUCAACAGCCUGCAGUUCAACCAGGACCAGAGUUGUUUCUGUUGUGCGAUGGAGACAGGUGUUCGGAUAUACAAUGUGGAGCCUCUUAUGGAGAAGGGACACCUUGACCAUGAGCAGGUGGGAAGUGUGGCCCAGUGUUCCAUGCUGCAUCGCUCCAACCUGCUGGCUGUAGUAGGAGGUGGAAUCAACCCCAAGUUCUCGGAGAUCUCUGUGUUGGUCUGGGAUGAUGCUCGGGAGGGAAGGGACCCCAAGGACAAGUUGGUGCUGGAGUUUACCUUCACCAAGCCUGUUCUGGCAGUACGCAUGAGACACGACAAGAUCAUCAUUGUGUUAAAGAACAGAAUCUAUGUCUACAGUUUCCCUGACAACCCUGUGAAACUGUUUGAGUUUGACACCAGAGACAACCCUAAAGGACUGUGUGACCUAUGUCCCAGUCUGGAGAAACAGCUGCUGGUCUUCCCUGGACAUAAGUGUGGAAGUCUGCAGCUUGUGGACCUGUCCAACACUAAGCCUGGCACUUCGUCUGCGCCCUUCACCAUCAACGCCCACCAGAGUGAGAUCGCCUGCCUGACGCUCAACCAGCCUGGCAGCGUGGCAGCAUCGGCCUCCCGUAAGGGCACCCUGAUCAGACUGUUUGAUACCACCACCAGAGACAAACUAGUGGAGCUACGCAGAGGAACAGACCCUGCUACACUCUACUGGUACUGGGAGGGAGGAACAGACCCUGCUACACUCUACUGGUACUGGGAGGGAGGGAAGGAGGAACAGACCCUGCUACACUCUACUGGUACUGGGAGGGAGGGAGGGAGGAACAGACCCUGCUACACUCUACUGGUACUGAAGGUGGAGGUAGGGGACGAUUAUGGCCAAGGAGAUACGUGUGAAUGGACGUCGGAGGUUUUGGCUGAGGAGAUCGCCAGGGCGUCGGAGCGCAGAGGCCGCUUGAGGGAGGACGCUAGAGUGAUGGCGGCUGAAGCGGGCAUGAGCGCCUCGUCGACUGUGUUUCGCGCGGAUUCUGGUGGGCGGGCCGAAGUGGUGACGUCGACGCGGCGGGACGAGGAAUCUGGGGCUCAGGAUUUAAUUCGCUGCCUGGGCACAGCCUGGACCACCACGGCCCCCCUCCGCUGGGCCAUGCUCUCUGGAUCUGAGCUCUGUCCCUUUGGCUGUUGUGGCCUGCACGCAGCCGGCGUCUCAGCAGCCCUCUUCUCAGUGGACCGUACCAGUUGA